CGCUGGCACAAUCAACUAUGACCGGUUCAACUGGGGAUAUGUUUAGUCAGUUAGAAAACAACCACACUGUCCUUAAGUUGACCCCAUUAUAUGCAAACAUAAAUAGAGUUGUGUCUGAAGGACAUUUCCAGAAAUCACCCAUUUUGCGAAUGAGGAACAUUUGAAAUACUGACUCACAUUUACGUUAACGUUGUGAAUUUGAACAAUCACUCUGAAAUAUAAUUUCGACAAAAAGCAUUGGGAAACUGCCGCACAUCGAUCAGACUACAAUGUCGUCUGCUUCUAACAUGAUGUAUGAAUGUACUGCAGGACUUACACAGACUAUGUUGGCGUUAGUGACGCCGAUGAUUCUACCCACCAUUUUGUUGUUGUUGGCAUGGAAACUAUGGUUGGUGCAUACCAAUAUGAAGGACCCUAACAGCGAUCUACCUUUACCCCCGGGUAGCAUGGGGGUCCCUUUUCUCGGGGAGACAUUCACGUUCAUCAUGAAGGGAGCCGACUUUUUCCGGAGUAGAUCGGACUGUUAUGGCACUGUGUACAAGACACACAUUCUCGGAAAACCGACAGUGAGGGUUACAGGUUCGAAAAACGUCGCUAAAAUCCUAGAGGGUGAAGGUACAAUCGUCCAGACGGAAUGGCCGGGAAGCACGAAAUACCUUCUAGGUGAGGGUGCAUUGGCCCAUUCUACAGGAGAACAACAUAGAUGGCGCAGAGAGACUAUCCUAAAGGCAUUUAACAAAGAGGCGUUAGCGGGCUAUCUUCCAAGUGUACAGGCAGUCUGUAACGAAUAUGUCAAGGAAUGGUGCAAGGAAGGCAGUGUGUUUGGCUAUGCGGCAGCUAGAAGUCUGACAUUUUCUGUAGCUGCUAAGAUGUUACUUGGGUUCGAUUUCAAUGACCGUAAUAAGAUGCAAAUGAUGCUGUUAUUCGAGGAUAUGUUGGCUUCUUUGUUCUCCAUGCCUGUUGACCUGCCUGGUAUAGGCUAUCACAAGGGUCUCAAGGCAAGGUGUGCCAUCACAGAGGAGAUAGAAUCGUGUAUCCAAAAGAGGACAGCAUCUGGUGGAGGUAAACAUAAUGACGCUUUGGCACUCAUACUUGAAGCAACCGAGGGAGGCAAUCACAUGCUGACGAAAGCUGAAAUAUCAGACUCUGCUCUGGAACUUUUAUUUGCCGGUCACCUUCCUGCAGCCAGCGCUGCCUGCUCUGUUCUUAUGCUUCUUGGUAGCAAUCCAAAGAUUAUAAACAAAGUCUCCGUGGAAUUGUUUGACCAUGGAUUGUUGGGAAUUGAGGGUGAACCAGAGCUUACUCUAGACAUCUUAGACAAGUUGGAAUAUGUUGAUUGUGUCGUCAAAGAGGUUCUACGAAUAGCGCCACCUGUCGGUGCAGGAUACCGAAAGGCUCUACAGACAUUUGAUAUUGAUGGCUGUCAAAUUCCAAAAGGAUGGACAGUAGUAUACAGUAUUCGUGAAACACACCAAUCAUCAGAGCUCUUCAAAGACGGAGAUACAUUUGAUCCAGAUAGAUGGCGCACAACACUUCAGAACCAAAACACUAAACAAGUUGUUCAGACAGAUGGGGAUGAACAUUUUAAUUAUGUCCCCUUCGGUUGGGGUGACCGUUCAUGCGUUGGUCAAGACUUUUCUAAAAUGAUGCUUAAAGUGUUGGUCGUUGAGUUGGUGCGUAAUGCUACAUGGAGGUUGACUAAUGGCACUCCAGAAAUGGUUUACAUGCCUGUACCAUACCCUAAGGACAAUCUCCCUCUGCAGUUCCGGGAAAUUCCUGUUGGAUUCAGGAGACGAGCUUUUACAAAUGGUUGGUAAACUUUCGAGACUCUUCAUGAUUGACAAGUUAUGUUACAGCUAUUGACAAUAUGUUAAGUUAUCGUUGGUAGGUCAGACAGAGAAGGACUAUCAUUUUCUACACAUUACAAAAUGUUACCCGAGAGUAUCCCUCAAUCCCAAUGUAAAUAUUAUAUAAAACCACGCUUGUUUACUAGAAUUGGACAAUACUAAUGAUUCGAUGGAAAUGGACUAUACUUUUUAUUAGGAAGAGGAAUGAUUUGGCGAGUAUAAGUAAGAAGGUUGUUUUUGUACAUAUAUAUAAAUGGUGCCCAAGUAAAUGAAUAAUUUUCAAAAGACAAAAUGUACAGUGGUUGUUUUAUGUAAUGUGAAACGCAACAAUGAUGCCUAAGACUGUCAAUAGAUGGCACAUACAUUUAGCGAGUUUACUUGGAAGAGAAAUCAUAAUUUAAGAAUAUCACAAGGAGUGUAACCCAAAAUAAAUGAAUAAUACUCAAAAGACAACAUGUACAGUAACAGUGGUUGUUUUAUGUAAAUACAUGUGAGGUGAAACGUAACAAUGGUAUCUAAGACUGUCAAUAGAUGGCACGGAAUCCAAUGGUUUUAAUUGCAUAAAAAUCGUUAAGAAGUAAAACACACAUAUCAUAUUAGUACGUGAAGUUACAUAAUGUAUAGCUUUGAUGGUGGAAAAAACCAAUUGCUUCCAAAAAUGUUGAGUAUAAAAAAUGAUUUCAAUUGAGAUCUACAGUGUCGAUGACCCUAAUACAGCUCUAUACUUUAAUCCAUAAUUUAUUUAUGUAAAUAGCAUCUAGUAUAAACAUCCUGUAUCAGACUUAUGUAAACUUACAAGUAUACAUG